AUGGCACCGGAGGACGGCAAGGAGGCUGACGAGCAGCUGAAGGCAGGGGUGGAUGCUCUGAGCUACGCCCUUCAGCGGCGUCGUGUACAGAGCGAAGGUGCCGCCUCAGAGGGGCCGAAUCGCUUUAAGGAUUUCGUCUCCGUAACACUGGUGGUGGAGCCGAAUGCUGACCCCUCGCAGGUGAUACAGUAUACACAGGUCUUCGAGGAUAUUUUGGACAGAGAGCAACCGCGGAGGGUGGAUCCGGAAUACGACGCUGGAGAAGGAAAGGCUUCGGAUGCAAACGACGAAGUAGAGACGGUACCUGAGGAUAAUCAUGACGAGGUAGCUACAAUAACCGCCCCAACCUUGAUAUCAACGUGCACGCUGAAGCCCAACAAAUCUAAUCCACAACCUACCGUGCGAAACGCCGGUGGUCAAGCUGCGAAGUUUAUUUCCGCCUUGAAGCCAAACUUUCUAGUAAUGGCGAAUUCAGUUCCUGAUGAACUGCACCUUUGUAUGCUGAGGGAAUUAAAAUAUCACUGCAUAAUAGUACCAAGAAAAAUACAAAAGUGA